AUGAAGCGCGCAUCGUAUCGGAAGCCGUCCAAAUUAGCUCUUACGCUAUCGCUUUUCUUCAUCGGCUCACUCGCCUCCACUACUGCUGAUGCAACCUCCUCUUCCAUACCAGUGGAUCGUCGCUCAUGGAAACCUGAUAGCGAGCUUCCUGGAGCCAAAUUCGUGCUUGGCGACGGCAAGAAUCAAGGCUCCAAAGUAAAAGGAUACGAGGGAGAAUGGCCGCUCUGGUCAUCCUUCAGGAAAGCUCAAGCAGGUCAAUCCUCUUCCAGCGGUGCGACGUCGACAAACUCGUCUGUCUCAGGGUCGAGCAAUUCUACAGUGCACGUCUGUGCACCCAUCGGAGAGUGCGAACCUUGUCCUGAUGAUGUCAUUCACCUACCCUACUGUCGACCUUACAACAAUCGACGCCGUGUCGCCUGCAGUCCCGUCACCGACCGCAAUAACCCGGAAGCCGUUCAAGCCGCACUGGAUGAAGCCAAGGCUGCAAAGUCCGGCUCGAAUUCUACGAUUAGACUCGGAUACGAAGCAUGCGGCAAGUCAGCCAAGAAAGAGGCACGAGAUUACUUUGAAAUGAUUGCCUUCAUCGCAAGCAUCGCCAUUUUCAGCGUAUGGGCUUUUAUUCAGCGUCAAAAGCUGCUCUUUCAGAGACAGAACCAGCAACUCCUGUCUAGAGUGACGGGUAGGAGGAGGUCGUCUGGUGUUCCAACGAUGGCAAGAGGAGGUGUAGCUGGGGCCUUGCAGGGGAAAAGGAAGAAGCGUAACGCUAAGCUCGCCGCUGCUCCGAGGUAA